AUUAAAUUCAUAAUUCAGUAUAGCUAGAGAUUCCGUAAGAUGAUCAGGUUCGCCAUUUUGUUAACUGUUGUCUGUGCCAGUGUUCGAGCUUUCAGUAUCCAAGACAAAGAAGUUCAUCAACCACCGCUCUUCAACUUGCAAGACACUGAGGAUCUGCAACCUCCUCCAGAAUCCGAUGUCCUAGUAAAAGAGUUUAUUUUACCGCCUGGUUGGAUUCGAUGUUCACCUACUACCUGCUGUCUGAGUAAAUAUCGUUGCGGACCACUGUACAUUUGUCUUGACCCUAUUACUAACAGGUUUGCGACUAACACGGAACCCUGCUUGUAA